AUGAGUGAACUUGGCCGUAACACCUACACGCCCAUUACGCUCGCAGCUAUACUCAGCAGCACCAGAUACCAGAGUACACCCAUGGACCUAUGGGGGAACGUCAAGCUUCCGCUCUAUCGUACUAUCGAGAACAGCACGCCUGAUGAGUGGAAGUUGGUCCCCAACUCUACCGCCGCCAAUAUUACUUACGCUUCUCUGAUUGGUAUUCCGGUUGUUGGACCACCAUCUGUUGGCUUCACCUCUUUCAACAUAGAAGCUCGACAAUGGGAUUUGAAGUGCCUGAGCAACGAAGGGCCAACAGACAAACCGGCGGAUUUCACUGAUGAUUUCUCAUGGCAACUCCAGAUGUACAACGAUACACAGCCGCCUUGCAGGAACAACGCAACAGACUGUCCCACCCCGUGGUGUUAUGGCUACCCCUGUCCGAUUCGGAGUGAAUCUGUCGCCCAAGAUAGAGAAGACAAAUUCUCGAUAGCCAACUGUGAGCUUUCGUUCGACAAGUAUGAAGCUGGAGUGCGCUGCAACGGGACGUCUUGUGCCGUCUACAAGAUGAGAAAGUUGGGAUUGCUCGAUGAAGACUAUCCGAUUGGUUACGACAUUGUUAUCCGGAGAUUUACCUCGACCCUACUUGGAGUAAUGCCGAGCCUCGACUUCUACAAGACAGAAACGCCAAGGUAUCAUAAAGGCUCGACGACAAUGGAGAAAUGGAUAGGUGAUCCAUCCAACUUCAUCGGUCUGGGUUUUGUCAACGUCGAACUUUACAAAUUAUCGCCACAGGCUUUUGGCGAGCGAUUGACCAUCCUGUACAACACAUUCUGGCAAUCUACUUAUGGCACGCGAGCGCUCGGUGGAAAUCUGCCAGCAUCUGUAAUGGAGACUGCCUGGUUGAACACUACGCAGACCACCGACUCGGUCUCUAGCGUGAAAUUCGUCGCGACCGAUGCCGACGUAUUGCAGAAAACAAAACCCAUCUACAAAACGAACUGGAAAUGGCUCACAGCGCUAUUGGUUUGCUCGAUUGUACUGCUAGCUGCGGCCUAUUCGGGACUUGUUCUUAAAUAUAUUACGCUCGUACCGGAUAUCAUCGGUUACGCAUCUUCGCUGACGCUGUUGAACCCUUACUUCCCGACUCCUACAGGUGGAACUACGCUGAGUGGGUUGGAAAGAACAGCGUUGUUGCGCGACUAUCCCGUACGAAUAGGGGAUGUCUGCCCAGAUGAGGCGGUAGGCGCGAUAGCGUUUGCAAGGUCCGAUAUGGGAAGUGUGGGAAGGUUAGACAGAAAGCGAUGGUACAUCUGA